AUGUCCAGUCUUCUUGUACAUGUGGCCCUCACCGACUCCGACUCGAUAAUACCUAACGCGAAGUCCACUGAGACUGUAACCGAUUUCUAUAACCGCGGUCUGAUGACUCGCAGAUAUGCCCUGGCUGGAGUGGCAUGCUCGAGUAUCGUUAGCUGCUGUUGCAUCGUGACAGGCACUGUCAUUAUUAUUUCCACUCACAAAAUUUCGGGUACGAUUCAAGUGAUAUCGCCGAUCACCAAUCUACAGUCAGAGAUGCUGUCCCUGACACUAAGCUUCAUCGUCACAUUAUGCACGGAGUCCAUAGGCCUCAUGCACAACAUCUCGUUGCGCUCUGCGCUAGCCUCAGAGUCCCGGCUUAUUUUCAGCACUAAUCUGCGCCUUAUGACCGCAGCUCAUGGAUGGUGCAACCCUAACGGCGUACUCCUUAAUGGUCUCAUGGCUGUCCUCCUCAUCAUAUCCUACGCCUCAGCCUCGCUCGCCCAAGAGUCUGGGUUUAUCGUGGGGUUCCCUCUCCUCGUUUUGGGCAUCGCCCUUUUUCUGCAGGUGAUAAUCACAUUGGCAGGGAUGCGAGCCGUCAAAAUAUUGACGUGGAGCUCUUCACCUUUCGACCUCACCGCUGCUCUUCUUCACCACACGCAAUUGACUCCAGCGUCCUUCCAGUGCAUGCGUAGCGUGUCCGACCUGGACAUAGCUGAAGGUCCAGCAAAGCCAUCAGAAGCGCAGCCCUCGGCGUGGCAUUCUCACCCUCGCAUCCAGAAAGUUGUCGUUUCUCUUUGGGGGAUCGUUGUGGCAUGUGCUGGAUGGGCUGUGCUCGUCAGGUACAAAUACACCUUGUCCCCUUCGUCGUCGUCCUCGAAAUGGUGGUCAUUUUUCACUGAUUUCAAUAGCUCUUAUGCUGUGGGAUACAUUGUGGCCAAAAAGGACGAUACUAUCAGUUUUCAGUUGUGGAUUCUGGUUUUUGUCAACAUCGCGGUUGUACAGGGACCAUUGACACUUGGGCUGCAUUGCGCAGAGCUCAUCGCGAAUGUCAUUCAAAAUGAAAGGCAGUGGAGAUGUGCUACAGCAAGGAAAGGACUCCACACAGUGACAAACCCCCUGAAACUGUUUCUUAUCAAUCCCCUCGGUCUUUUUCUUUUCGUUGUGAAGCCCGUGCUACACUGGAUGUUUGGGUAUGCAUUCCAUUUCGGUUUUUGGACCGCUUUUGCGAUCGCUUCUGGGGGGAACAAUGCAUUUGCUGUAGGAGAUUUCGUUAUCUGGACCUUAUGCAUAGCGCUAUUUAUAUUUGCCUGUAUCUUCACUUUUUCCGCACUGCGCCGACCACGCGGCCCCCAGCCAGCCGCAUACGGGCACCUCCAGACGCUCGCCAACCUCGUAGAUGAGUGGUCACCUGUGAUGUGGUGGGGUCACAAGGAGGACGGACUCCUGUAUUGUCAUGCUGGUAGGGAUUUUUCAGUGUUACGAGGAUCCUCUAUUGACGCUCUUAAAAAGGGACGAGCGAUCAUCCGCUGCUGGAUGUGA